CCUGAAUCUUACAUUGCAUAAUAUCAGGGACCCCGCAAUUUAACUAUUGGAUUGGAAUUUAUGGGAAAUACGACAUAGUUAUGAAUUCUACCGUCUUGUAAAAGCGAAAGCUUGUUUUUACCAAAAUAAUAAUUCGACGUUUGUGGGGUUCCGUCGGGAUCUUGACAUCCCGUCAGGCGAACGAACGAUCAACUUCUUCUCCGAUCCGAUUAAUUAUGAGAAUUAUGAGUCAAGUUGCAGAAGUGUCGCCUUCUUCGACAACAACCCCUACGGCAACCAUUAUGCCUGGUAUCGAAGCUUUGACCAUCGCUGAGCCAGCAACUGUCACGAAAAAGGAUGAUGGUAUAUCCCCCAACCUAACUACUCCGUGCGCUGAUAUUUGGCCGCGGCCAUAUUACUUCGAGAAUGGUUUACGACGUGUCGCUCCGUAUCAUUUUACGUAUAAAACCUGGUGUAAACAGCGAUGGAGAGGCAGGACGCUUAUAGACGUGUUCGAGAGCGAGUUUAGAGACCGACCGCUGGCAUAUUAUAAAAAUGCCAUGGAAACGGGUCAAAUAUGCGUCAACGGUAAACCGACUAGUCCAGAUCAUAUCCUCAAAAAUGGAGAGCUUGUAUCACAUACUAUACAUCGGCACGAACCACCAGUCACGGCAGAUGACAUAGGAAUCCUCCACGAGGAUGAGGAUAUGAUUGUAAUUAACAAGCCUUCUGGGAUCCCGGUCCACCCCGCAGGAAGAUAUAAUUUCAACUCCGUCAUCGAAAUUAUGAAGGCCGAGAGGGGUCCAGACUGGACCGCAUAUACUUGCAACAGGCUCGACAGGUUAACCAGCGGCAUCAUGUUCGUCGCAAAGAAUCCUAAGGCGGCCGAUCGCCUAGGUGAACAGAUUAAGCAAAGAAGUGUGCGAAAAGAGUACAUUGCUAGGGUUAUCGGCAACUUUCCUGACGAGGAGGUAGUUUGCAAUCAGCCUUUACUUCAAAUUUCUCCAAAACUUGGAUUAAAUCGAGUACGGGCAAACGGAAAAACGGCUCGCACGGUUUUCAAGAAGCUAGCAUAUUAUCCCCCACGAGAGCCGCGACGGGGGGCAGAUAAUGAUCCUUCUGAAAUAGAAGGCGUUUCCGAAGAUGAGCGUAGGCCAUGGCUACGCAAGGAAGGAUAUUCCAUUGUGCGAUGCCUUCCAGUUACCGGCAGGACUCAUCAGAUCCGCGUUCACCUCCAGCAUUUAGGACAUCCUAUUCAAAACGAUCCCAUCUACGCUAAUCAAAGGGUUUGGGGAAUGAAUCUUGGAUACAACGACCCCGAGGCGCUUGAAAACACAGACGAAGAUAUUAUUACGCGUCUCAAUCGAAUGGGAAAAGAAGAAGUGGCAGACGCCGUUGCUUACCAUGACGAGAUGGUGGACGAGUACUAUAAGAAAAAGGCGGAAAAGAUGUCUGGUGAGCUCUGUAAGAUCUGUGAUACACCAUUAUACACAGAUCCCGGACUACAGGAGCUCUCGCUAUGGCUACAUAGUCUUCGAUACGAGGAUGCAGGUGGCGAGUGGAGCUACGUUAGCCCUCUUCCGGGCUGGGCUUUGCCCCCUUCUGGCAUGUCGGGGCCUACAGAAGUCGGAGGCAUGGAAGAAUUGGUCUCGGCAGUAAAAGAUGUCAACCCCGAAAUUGUAUGAUUCGCUGCGCCUUGAUCCCCAAUCGACUACCACCUAUCGAAUAGCUCGAAGAGAACGACCAUGUAAUGUCAGCAUUGCCCAGUUGGACGAUACCGGGCAGGGUUUCGAAGCAAUGUGACCUCUUAUCACAGUCCUUCAUGACUAAGUAGGACGUAAAGUCCAAGUAUGGGAUCGUGCGGUAUACUUCUUUACUGCAUUCCAAACAGUGCUCAUAAGGACUAGACUAACCUACCCACCGCUUGGGUUAUCCCACA